UCGUUGUAUCGAUCAAGCAAAGGUUAGAAAGAGAAACAGAAACAGAAACAGAAACAGAAAGAGAGAGAAAGGGUAGAUGGGAGAGACAGUACUCGAUGACGAUGCUCUUCUCAAAGAAUUCUUCGCCGAAGUUGGUGAAGUUGAACGAGAUAACGAAGUUAUCAGGAUCCUAUCGUGCUUCAAGUUGAAUCCAUUUGAGCAUCUUAACUUACCGUUUGAUUCAUCUAUAGAUGAUGUGAAAAGGCAAUAUAGAAAGAUAUCGUUGAUGGUUCACCCUGACAAAUGCAAGCAUCCACAAGCGAAGGAGGCAUUUGGAGCACUAGCAAAAGCCCAACAGCAACUUCUUGAUUCACAAGAAAGAGAGUAUGUUCUUAGCCAAGUUAAAUCUGCAAAAGAGGAACUUCUAUCUGUGAGGAAGAAAAAGCUAAAGAAAGAGACUGCUUCAAAAAUAAAAUAUUUGGUUGACGAGAAAUUUGAUAAAGAAUAUGAGUUGUCAGAGGAGUUUAAACAGCAGCUAAAGUUGAAAGUACGAGAAAUUCUAACUGAGCAAGAGUGGCGGAGGAGAAAGAUGGCUAUGAGAAUAUCGGAGGAAGAGGGCAGGCUAAAGAAAGACGAAGCGGAACAAAAGGAGGUUUGGAAAAGGAAGCGAGAGCAUGAGGAGCAGUGGGAAGGAACAAGAGAAAAAAGGGUUUCUAGCUGGAGAGAUUUCAUGAAGAGUGGAAAGAAGGGAAAAAAGGGUGAGAUUCGGCCACCAAAGCUUAAAACAGAAGAUCCGAACAAAUCUUAUGUCCAGAGGCCAGUAAAGCGAGGAUAAUGUGUCAGCUGGGAUGCAAGCAGAAGAAAGGCCGUAAUUUUAUAUGUCCAUGGUAAAGCUUGUAGAGUAUCCAAUGUUUUGGGCAUAACUCCUUCACUGUGCCAUACAUUCCUCUUGGGCAGAAUGAUUGUAAGAUAUGGUAUAAACUUCAACUCUAAUUCAGCGGAUUUUUUUCGAGUUGUGGUGGAGGAUUGUAGUACUUGUAAUUUGUCGCUGAUUCUGCAGGGUACAGAGUGUCAUAUCCUACAGAAAGUUUGUUUGCAAUUAUGAAUGACACAGUUUUAGAUUUUUCAUUAAUUGGUUAUUAAAACCUUGUAAAUAAGAACUAUUUAUAGACUUGUAGACUUAUAGUCGCACAUAUUUCUCCAUUAAUAAAAUUAGAUAUACUCUCUUUCGAAA